AAACCCAGGACAGAGGCGAUUGUGUGCGGGCAGGUUAAUCUCUCAACAAUUUGGACUUAAUACAAGGGCACGAGUGCAGAAUGCAAUACCUCUACUGUACAAUAUGUGAAUUGCGCAGUGCAAAGCAGCGAAGUUCUCACUCGAUCAGAGUCGAUACAAUUCAUUUGUACUUGGCUAGGAUCACGUGCCUUUGCAGAGCCGCCUUUCAAAGUUUUUUUAGUGUUGGGUCGUUGAGAUUGGAAAAUCGCAGUGCAGUUAUCAAUAUUAAUCGGUGUUCCUACCUAUGAGGAGGUAAUUAAUGUUGCCCUGUUGGUUACAUAUUUAGCAAUAUCAUUCUUACCCCUUUCGUCAAAAUAGGCGAAACCCAGUACCACGAAGUCGUGCGGUGGCGUUUUGAUUGAACUGAGUGAAGAGUUCGCUGCCGCGGGUUUCCCUGCAGUCCAGCAGCCUGACUGCAUUCCGGGAGAGCUGCUGCCGACAGCGCUACCCCCUCCAGGAUGAGAGACCGCUCCAACUUGUGGGCAUUUACUCUAAUCCUUCAUUUUGCCUGCGGAUCCGCAGGUGUCUUUCAUGCACCUCCCUUGACCCAUGUACCAACUCAGAAUGUGCCGACGCCAGCAGGAGAAUCCCAAAGUACCGCCCUGUUUGCAACAAACAUUCGGGAAGAGAUUAGAUUCAAACCUGGAGCAGCAAACGUUAUAAUAUCACAAGGCAAUCCUGUAAGCUUUAACUGUUCCAUUGAUGUACCUGAGUUUUACCAGGAUGUGCCUAUUCAAUGGCUGAAGAAUGGUAAAGAGCUAAUUGAUGGCCACCGUUGCUUCUACAAAGGGAUUGCUUUUGCAGUCAGUGAACACAAAGCCAGGAUCCUCAGCAGCUGCAGCAUCUCCAAUGUACUGCAUUCUGAUGCAGGUGUUUACAACUGUAGGAUAUUAAUCUCUAAUGUUCCCAUUGAAUCAGAGAAGAUCAAUCUUCAGAUAGAAGGAUUGCCAAGUUUUAUUCAAGAACCUGAAUCAAAGAACGUCACAAGAGAUGCUUCCUUUAAUCUCACCUGUGAGGCUGUGGGCCCACCAUAUCCUGUGGAUAUUUACUGGUUACAGAAUGGUGAGAAGAUGAAGAUGGUUGCAGACACUUCCCCUUCUGUUUUGACCGUCGCAGGAAUUAAUGAACGGACGAGAUAUAGCUGUGAAGCACACAAUCCAAAAGGAGUAGCAGUUUCAAAGGAAGCCCGGGUUAACAUCAAGGAUGUUCCACAUGCACCGAUGAACCUACAGAUUAAGAAUCAAACAGCGCAUACAGUUGUAGUUUCAUGGGAGCCUGGCUUUGAUGGAUACUCCUCACUCAACACUUGCCUAUUCCAGGUUAGGAAAGUUGAAGAUGCUGAAAACGAGACCAGCCCAGUGCUUAACUAUCAAACUACAGUUCCACCUUAUGAGUAUGGGAUCCUUCAGCUACAAGCCAUGACAUCCUACAGUAUCUGUGUUUCUUGUAAGAAUGAAGUUGGAUGGUCAAAGCACUGUUCUACUGUCGAAGCCAGAACAAUAGAAGGAGUCCCAACAGCACCCCCUCAUAAUGUCAGCAUACGGGUGAGUGAUUCCUCCCUGACUGUUGAAUGGGCUGGACCUCCGGAGGAAGAAAUUAAUGGCAUCCUGUUGGGAUACAUGUUGAGCUAUGAUUGGGAAGGUGGGAAUUCCCAUGUUAGAAAGCCACUUAAACUGUGUUGCAAUCAGACAGCUAACCGAGGUAUUAUUGAUGUUGUGGCAAUAAACGUCACAUAUAGCAUACAAGUGGCAGCAUAUACCAACGCUGGAAUUGGGCCUUACAGUGAUCCAACACACGUGUUCAUUGGGAGCAAUGGUGAGAUAAUACUUUCACCGUCCUCAACUACUGCAGCUGCUGAUGGCAGUAAUACUGAGAAUUCCCUUAUGGUGCUAAUUGGAAUUAUUUGUGCCAGCGGCAUAAUUAUUACAGUUGCAUUCAUAUAUGCAGCUAUGAAAAAGCGGAUGACAGAGACAAAGUUUGGGAAUGCAUUCGGUGAUGGAGAACUCUCUGAACCAACUGUCCACUACAGAGCAAGGAAAACGUAUUUACGGAGAGCAGUUGAGGUUACAUUAGAUAAUUUGGGAAUCCGUGCAGAAUUGAAAGAAAAGCUCCAGGAUGUAAUGAUUGACAGGAAGCUAUUGACUCUGGGUAAAGUUCUGGGAGAAGGAGAAUUUGGCUCUGUAAUGGAAGGACACAUUCAACAGGCUGAUGGUACCAGUCAGAAAGUAGCUGUUAAAACCAUGAAAUUGGACAACUUCUCACAAAGGGAGAUUGAAGAGUUCCUGAGUGAAGCAGCUUGCAUGAAAGAUUUUGAUCAUCCAAAUGUCAUUAAAUUGUUAGCUGUCUGCUUGGAGGUGAGUUCGAGGGAACCAAUUCCAAAACCAAUGGUCAUCCUCCCAUUUAUGAAAUAUGGGGAUUUGCACAGCUUCCUACUGCGCUCGAGACUCGAAGAAAAUGCUGAUUAUUUUCCACAACAGACAUUGCUAAAAUUCAUGAUCGACAUUGCCAGUGGAAUGGAGUACCUCAGCAACAGGAAUUUCCUGCACAGGGAUCUAGCAGCCAGAAACUGCAUGUUACGUACUGAUAUGACAGUAUGUGUGGCGGAUUUUGGCUUAUCCAAGAAGAUUUACAGUGGGGACUAUUACAGACAGGGGCGGAUUGCGAAGAUGCCAGUAAAAUGGAUUGCUCUUGAGAGCCUUGCUGAUCGAGUUUUCACAAUUAAAAGUGACGUGUGGGCAUUUGGAGUUACAAUGUGGGAAAUAGUUACACGAGGGAUGACCCCUUACCCAGGAAUACAGAAUCAUGAAAUUUAUGACUAUCUGCAUGGGGGCCACAGGUUGAAGCAGCCUUCUGACUGCCUGGAUGAGCUGUAUGAGAUUAUGUACUCCUGUUGGCGAAGUGAUCCUGCAGACCGACCAACAUUUACCGACUUAAAAGUGUUUCUCACCAAGUUUUUAGAGAGUAUGCCUGAAAUUCGAAGCAAGGAAGAAAUUAUUUAUGUCAAUACAGGUAACCCUGAAGAGCAGAGUGCUCUGACUGAAGAGCCUACCUUUUCCGAUCUGCACCCAUGCGAUUGCAAUGAAACAGAACCCUGCAGUCUGAGGCCUGCAGAAACUACUGUCACUGUGGAAAUCCAUGAAGCCAUGGAAACAGAAGACAGAUACGUCAUAUCUGGGGUAUCUGAAGAACAGUUGAACACAUUAGAUGCAAAAACACCUUUGUUGCCUGGAGUGAGCCAAAGUAACGGGACAACAUCCCUUGAAACUAGACCCCACUCUGAGGAUAUUCCUUACGCUGAUGAUUCAUCCGAUGACUCUGUUAUAAUGCUAUAAAGGACUGCUCAUGAGCUUUGUUCUGCCUGUUGCUGGACAGAUCGAAAGUACUGCCAGAUCCAAAUAUAUAUUUGUACAUUUUGUUUUAAGAAAGUAAUCAACAAAUUUUGCUACUGUGACGAAAUUCACCAGUAUGUUUUUUAUUCAGUUGUUAACUCAUCUGAGAGCGGUCUUCUCACCAGUCCAGUGUUUGGGACUUGGUGAUAAAUCAGGGAUCAUUUUGAAGGUUUGUAUAUUUGUACACAAUUACUUCCUAGUUCUGAGGAUUUUCAGGGCAUUGUAAGAAUUGAUACAGCAUUUGAACUGUCUAACAAAUAUUUUUGUACUUAGUAUUGGAGGCCUUAAAAUAUGAAUUAUUUUUUCCCAUAUAUAACUGUCUCCGCAUCAAUUGAUGGGGGCCCGAAUUGAAUAAAGCAGUGUUCAUUUCACAUGAUGAUAUCACAGGGAAAGACUAUCCAGCCUGUUUCCGUUCAUUGCUCGUGGUGAAAUCCUAGUUCCUGUUAUUUCUUUCACUGGCAAAGAACUUAUUUUGAUGUUCUCCCAAGGUAUUUGCCUCACUGCUCCAUGUGGAAAUCUUUUCCAAGUGUAUUAUUUGAGUGAGGAACAAAGUCCUGAUACCACUCCUGACUUUGCUUUUAAGUAUUAUAUGACAAGUCUUAGAUUUUUGAAAUUACAUUCUGAUAUUUGAUGUCCAUUGGUAUGUUUCAUUUAUAGUUAAUGUUUUAGAUCUAGCUGACUUUAUUUCCUCAAAGUUCAAUGGACUGGCCAAUCGCUGGUGACAGUCCAUAAUCUGCUGGUAAACUAGUCGUUAAAUGGGUAAAUACUAAACAAUCUUAAUUCACAAAACAGGAGAUGGUCAUUUAGCCCAUUGUUUCUGUUCCAGUUGUAUGUUAGAGCAAUCCAGAGCUUAUCCAUAAACCUUAUCCAUCUUUAGCUGAUUCCUUAUGGGGAACAGUCUCAAUGAAUAAUCAACACCUUUAAAAGCAGCCAGUCUUCAGUUGUGAACCGAGAUGAUCACUGUCCUUGAGAUUCAACCAUGGCCAAAUGCUCAGCUGCUGGUAUCAUUUGAUUCCAAUAAAUGACUGGUAUUCCCUUCUCAAGAUGAACCCUCUAUGACUGUGGUGUAGUUAUAUUAACCAACCUGCUUGGACAUGCUGUGACACACCUUCAGAGAAGGUGGUUCAGCUUUAUGUUGUUUAAUUUAUGUUGAUAUCAGCUUAGAUCUUUGUUAUCUUCCUUACAGGAAGUGGUAGUGAUACAUUAUGCUACUUCAUUGAAAAUAUUUUGCCCUUGACUUUAUUAGGCCCAAACCCCUCCUCCUCCUCAAUGGAAGAGGUAAGGGUAUUGCUUAGAAAACUGGACUUGUUUUUUGACUUGUUAGUUAGGUGUUAAAUGACCUGAUGGCAGAGAUCUUGCUGCCACUGCUAUGUAGUGUCAGAUUUUGACCAUUGAUAGUUAUCCCUGAAUACCUUUGUGAACUUUGUUCAAAACAAUGGAGAGACUGCCAUCAUAUGGAACUGUUUCACAUUGUUUAGUCAGUUAUUACUUGCUGAAAUAAUGCACAAUCAAUUUAAAUCACUGAUUAUUUUGAAGCAUAAAAGCACAAAAGAUAUGAAUGCAUUAGAGAGAAUGUAGAAGUGAUUGACAAGAAUGGUUCCUGGGAGGAAGAUCUUCAGUUGUGAGGAUAGAUUAAAGAAGUUGGAACUGUCUAUCUUGGAGAGAUGAAGGCUGAGGGAAGAGCUGUUUGAGGUUUUCAACAAGAUGAGUGUGCUCGCUAGCGGAGAUGGGAGAAUUUGUUCCCACUUGUAAAACAAACAGAAAUGAGAGGGCACAGAUUUAAAGUGAUGUGCAAAAAAAGUGAGGGUGACAAAAACGUUUUCACACAGUGAGUACUUAGGGUACGGAAUGCAUUGCCCGGAAAUGUGCUGGGGAUUCAAUUUGAGACACUCAGGGGGCAUCGGAUUAUUAUUUGGAUGGAUGUAGUGUACUAGGGUAUGGGGAAACAGCAGGAGGUUGGCACUGGGUAAUGAUGUUGUUUGAAGUGCCAGUACAGGUUCAGUGGGCCAAAUUGCAGCCUCUUGAACUGUAAGAAUUCUGCAAUUCAAUUUUAAAAAUAAAGAUCACGUGGCAAAGUAUCGUGAUAAAGCUAAAAUCAUUCAAGUGGCCAAUUUUUAAGUGAGCCUUACUGUAUUACAAGCAAAGAAUUGUACAGUUACCAAGCAUGCAACCAUGGCACAUGAUUGUAAGGCAAUAUAGAUUAUUCAUGUAGAUCUACUGUGAGAACGUUUAAAUCCUAUUUGACAGAUUUUGACAACUUUCAUGUGAGGAUGUGCAUUGUGUUGAAACGCUUUGCACAGCCAAACAGAUAAAACACAACACUUCCUAAUUUUUUUUUGAUGUUGUUAAUAAGCACUUGUUGGUUGAUUGACCUGCUAACCAUCUGCCCUCACCAGACACAUGCUUUCCUCCAGCCAUUACAUCUUAGAUUAUGUAACUUAAUUUAUUUCUUCCUCUUUUACUUUCUCCUUCCUUAAUCCUAUCCAGCCAUGCUUUUCUCUGUACAUUUUCCCCCUUUGGUUGGAAAUGUGGAGCCAUGUAUGAAUAAGCAGUGUCCAUGCCAAACAUAAUCCCAAACUACACUAGUCCCACCUGCCUGUUCCUGGCCCAUUACCCUCUAAGCCUUUCCUCUUCAUGUACUUAUCCGAAUGUCUUUUAAACAUUGUAGUUGUAUUAUCAACCACUUCCUCAGGAAGUUCGUUCCACAUGCAAACCACUGUCUGUGUAAAAAAAGUUUGCCCCUCAUUUUUUAAAAUUUAAAUCUGCCUCCUCUCACCUUAAAAAUGUGUCCCCUAAUCUUGAAAUCCCCCAUUAUAGGGAAAAGACAACUACUAUUAACUCAAUCUAUGCCCCUCAUUAUUUUAUAAACUUGUAUAAGGUCGCCUCUGAACCGACACUCCGGUGAAAAAAGUCCCAGCCUAAUACAGCCUUUCUUUAUAACUGAAAACUUCCAUAUUUGGCAACAUCCUGGUAAAUCUCUUCUGAACCCUCUCCAGCUUAAUAUUACCCUUCCUAUAGCUUAUGUGAUCCAGCCUCAUGUGAUUUCAGACCCACAACAAUGUGGUUGACUUGCCUUCUGGAAUGGCCUGGCAGUUCAAGGGCAAUUAGGGAAGGGCAAGAAUGCCAACAAUCUCCACACUUCAUUAUUUGAUCAUUCAUCUCUGGUUACUAAAUCUGCUUCAAUUGACCUUUGCAACUUUGAAGCUGGAGUGAAACUAUGCCUUGAGCACGUUUGAAUUUUAUGAUUCUAUAGUUAUGACUUCUGUAAGUAUAAUUGAUGCAGUGUUUCAUGGUACCUCGAAGGUCACUGACUCAUUUUGCUCGCUCUGACAUGCAUUAGAACUGGACUCCCAGCCAGGAAACCAACUGGACUACUUGCAAACUAAAACAGAAAAAGAAACGAGAAAGGGAAAAAACUAAUGGACAGCAUGAGAGUUUAAAACAUGCACAAAGCACAAAACCAAAUUGGGAAGAAAUCCAGAUUGGAUGGUGCAUGUGGUGUGGGCACUGUUGUAUUCUUUGUGUAUUAAAGGCUAAUCCUACACGUGGGCAAUCCAUGAACUUUAAAUGUUCUUACAUACAACAAAGAGCGCUGAGAGUUUUGGCACUGUCACAUUAAUUGUAACUUAGUAAAAGCAAUUACUUGGGAGGCUUAAGGCAUUCCAUUUUCAUGAACUGUAUCUGUCGUGGUACAGGCUGGGCUUUAUGUUCCUCUAUAAUAGG